CCAAGUCGAGGCAGCCGGUGCGAUCGUGGCGCUGGUUGAGUGGAACCUCGAGAGCCGCAUGUAAAUGAACCGACCUCCCUGCUGCUGUCGCCUGGAGAUCGAGAAAGGAAAGAAAACCCCUCCAGUCUUUUUGUUUUGACCAUCUUGACCGGGAAUAUAGAAGGUUUAAAGUGCUCCGUGGAGCUAAUCGCUGUUUUCUCGGCGCCGCUGCUCGGCCAUAAUUUCCAGUGGCUCCUAGAAGUGCCUCUGCUGCCCCCUGGUGACCAUGUGGAGUGUGGGCGCAGUGAUCCUGGCCCUCACGGCCCUCAGCUCUGCAGACACCCAGAGACCGCGACACGACUCCAACCUGGAGAUCUACAAGCGGCUGUUUGAAACCAAGAGGAAAGACCAGCUGAACGCUUUGAAGAACCUCGUCGAGCUGAACGACAUCAACCAGCAGUACAAGAUCAUAGACAUCAUGCUCAAAGGGCUUUUCAAGGUGUUGGAAGACUCGAGACAAAUCUUGGUGGCGGCCAACAUGCAGCCCGAUGACCCGUUCCCCAUGGAUGACAAGAUCAAAGAAGCUUAUUCCCACGUGGUGGAGAACACGGCGUUUUUCGGGGACGUGGCGCUGCGCUUCCCUCGUAUCGUCCACCACUACUACGACCGCAACUCGGACUGGAGCGGUCUGCUGCGCUGGGGGCUGAGUUUCUGUAACCAGACGGGGGUCUUCACCGGAGGAGCCCACCAGCACGUCCUCACACUUAUGUCCCAGGAGCUGGGAAUAACAGAGAAAUCCCCAGACUUCAUGAACCCGUACCGCACAGAAAGAGACGAUGUUCUUCAUACAGCCGAAGCUUUCCAGAAGAUCCUGAGGGAGGAGGAGAAGAGGAGGAGGAAGGAGGAGAAGAGGAAAGAAAUCCGAAAAGGCCCUCGCAUCUCCCGCUCCCGCGCGGAACUAUAGCGCCGCUCAUCAGCGCAAGCAACGACAAAAGAGGAGAGCGAGCGUGUAUAAAGUCCACGAGACUUGUAGACUGUGACGACGGUGGAGAAACGAGCGCUGCCGUCCACCGUAGGAAAGCAAGGUGCUCUGAUGUAAACAACAGAGGAAACCUCAAUGAGACGCAAAACUAGUGGAAGAGGAGGUUAGUCAGGUUCUGACGAAGGCUUAAACUUGCCCGUCAGCUGUCAUUUAUAAUUGAAUCAAACUUACCAUUACAGGAUGUUUCUAUUAAACGAGGGAAACACGUUCUCUGAAUACACGAGGGUUAUCCCGCAGAACUUUAAAACUAUUAUUCCUUUUCAAAGUUUACUUCAGAACUUCAAAA